AUGGAGAUUGCAUUGAUAUUACCUUCUUACUACUGGAUGAAAAUGUUAGAUCAUCAUCGACUACUUCAUCCACAAAUCAUUCCAGCUGCUCGUGUCAUCUCACCCACGGAUUACUACAACACAAUCAUAUCAUGCAGGAAACUUAGCAUCACGUAUGAUGAUCAUGUUGUGUCCAAGCAUCUUAACCUCUCACCACUGUUUAAGAAACCACUCUUGACGACUAAAUACUCAGUUAUAAUGGAAAGGUGUUUGUGGGCCCACAACAGAAAAGUUCACUAUAACAAAGGUAUUGUUGAGUACUUUCAUGCUAAAAACAGAAUUUUAGGUCUCCACCACUUCACAAUUUCCACUAACAAUGGCCACAAGGAGGCGUUAUACCUUUCUGGCUUUCGGGUGUCAUCCACAUGUGCUUGGGCAUGA